GGAUCCGGCUCGGGUCAUCCAUCUCAACUCCAAAGAGUCUAUCUGGUCCUUCCGGACCCAAACAGUCAAAAUAGCACCAAAUUAAAAACACAGACGCGCCGCCGUACGAGAAAAUCUCCGGCUAUGGAUUCCGUUUACAAAACCGACGAAAACUUCGCCGCGGAUGUCGCCGCUCUUCUUGCUCCGCUUCCAACUCCCCAACUUCAGGAGUAUUUCAACAAGCUUAUAACUAGUAGAAGAUGCAAUGGAAUUGAAGUGAAAAACAAUGGAACCAUUGGAAAAGGUGUUUAUGCAAAUUCAGAGUUUGACGAAGAUGAACUCAUUUUGAAAGAUGAGAUUCUUGUUGGUAUCCAACAUUCUUCCAACAAGGUGGAUUGUUUAGUUUGCAGUUUUUGUUUCCGGUUCAUUGGAUCAAUCGAGAAACAAAUCGGCAGGAAACUCUAUUUCAAGAAUCUCGGUGUCUCUGGUUGUUGUGACGACGAUUCAUCCGAAGAAGAUGAAUGUGUGAAGUACAAUGGAAAUGAGGAACAAUGUGGUGGAAGCAGUUCAAGCCAUAAUACUCUUCCAGAAGGAGUUGUUAGUUCUUUGAUGAAUGGUGAAAUGGCAUUGCCGCAUACUGAUAAGUUUCCUUUGCCGUCGCCUCUUUCGUGUCCUGGAGGAUGUCAGGAGGCUUUCUACUGCAGUGAAUCAUGCGCAGCGGCAGAUUGGGAGAGUUCUCAUUCCUUACUUUGUACUGGUGAGAGGUCUGAAUCAAUAUCUAGAGAGGCGCUUGGAGAGUUUAUUAAACAUGCUAAUGAUACCAAUGAUAUUUUUCUCCUGGCUGCGAAGGCAAUCGCCUUUACCAUUCUAAGGUACAGGAAACUGAAAGCAGAACAUGUGGACAAAAAAGCGAAACAGAGUGAGCCAAAGCAGUCGCUUCUCUUGGAAGCAUGGAAACCAGUAUCGAUUGGAUACAAAAGAAGGUGGUGGGACUGCAUUGCAUUGCCAGAUGAUGUUGAUCCUACUGAUGAAGGAGCCUUCAGGAUGCAAAUAAAGAACCUUGCGUGUACGUCUUUGGAGCUCCUGAAGAUAGCCAUAUUUGACAAAGAAUGUGAAGCCCUGUUCUCCCUCGAAAUCUAUGGGAAUAUCAUCGGCAUGUUUGAGCUGAAUAACCUAGACUUGGUGGUAGCAUCACCAGUAGAGGACUAUUUCUUGUAUAUUGAUGAUCUUCCUGAUGCAGAAAAGGAAGAAACCGAGGAAAUCACAAGACCGUUUCUAGAUGCUCUUGGUGAUGAGUACUCGGACUGUUGCCAAGGAACGGCCUUCUUCCCUCUGCAAAGCUGUAUGAACCAUUCUUGUUGCCCUAAUGCAAAAGCCUUCAAAAGAGAAGAGGACAGAGACGGACAAGCAGUGAUAAUUGCAUUAAGACGCAUCAGCAAGAACGAAGAGGUGACGAUUUCAUAUAUCGACGAGGAGCUUCCAUACAAAGAGAGACAAGCAUUACUUGCAGACUAUGGUUUCAGCUGCAAGUGCUCUAAGUGUCUUGAAGAUUCUUCAUCAAUUUGAAGCAUAAUUUUUGUUUUCAAAAGAACAGAAAUUUUCAAUUUUGCCUAUAUAGUGAUUACACUGGAAAUCACUACUGAAAUAAAGAGUAUGGCGUUAGUUUCUCUACGCAACAUUGAAACAAUAAAAGGACAUCUUCGUUUGAAGAUCAAGCUUUAGUUCUUUUUCAAUAUAUAUCUAAAGAUGAUGAACAAAGCA